AUGCCGCCACCAACUGCUACGCAGAACGGUGCGCCAACCGCACCUCCUACAGUGACCCCUCGCGAGUCCAUCAAAUCGACCGUCAGUCCCAAGCACAUUCCGUCUUAUUCCAAUGGGGACUCUGAUGCGCCGCUGCCACCAUUGCACAAUCAUCAGCGAAUCGUCUUUACUGAUCCGGUCGCCCUCCGUUACCUUGAAGAAGACCCUUCGACGACCGUACUGCACCGGCGGAUGACAUUGCAAGGUUAUGAAGUUUACGUUGUGGAACAAUGGGCGUGUUCGAGGAUUCAUCCGACAUUCGUUAUCACAACCUAUACGGGAGACCCUUCGCAUACGGUCGUGGUGGGAAUACUAAGUGUCCCAACGGAUGAGUCGACAUGGUCUCCUCGUCUAAAGCUAUAUUUCAGUGCCGUGACCAAAUGUCAUGCGCGAAGAAUAGAGACGCCACUAGGAGCUCUCAUGGUUACCGACCUGAGUACCUUCCCGUCUGCCCUCACGGUGAUUCCCGUACCGGAUGGGGAUUUCAAGAAGCAUCGAGAUGAUUUUAUUGUCAAUGAGGAUUUGAAACGGUUAGGCUGUGCAGGGCGCGCAGGCCUGAGAUUACAACAACCGCCUCCAGCGACUGAGGCGAAGUUCCACCAACUUUACCGGACGAGUGAAAGAGUGGCUCUUUACAGCGCGGUCAUGGAACUGGUCAAGCAGUGCCAGAUGGCGUUGAUGAUGUUUGACAAAUUGGCUCCAGAGUAUGUGGAUGGCCUACUCUGCGACGUGACUGAAACAGCGAUUAAUGACUGGUGGACCGACAUCGGAAUUGAUCUGUAUAAUAUUGAACCUAAUGAUGGAGUCAUGGGGCCAACCACUGUGGCCGCUUUGCUAGGCACAUUACUAGGUGCCCGGAAUCGGCUUCACGCUCUUGGUGCACCGGUCGGAAAGGAUGCUUUUGAUAUUCAUAACCUUAAGCGAGGAGUUGGACGAUUUCAAAAAUCACAAAAGAUGAAGAAAACAAGGAGGUUGGACCGACAAACCUUGGACAAAUUACAUCGCGUCACGGCCAAGGCAGCAAACGCAGAGGGAUGGACUGACGCUGUCAAGUCAACUAUGGCAGAGUUGAGCGGACAAGGAGGGGAGAUGGUCAUGGGCAUGGUGCGAGGACGCGACAAGGCUGGUAUUGCUGAUAUUGAAACACUCGAUAUUGACAACUUCCCGCAUUUGGUCACAGGUGAAAGAGCCAAAUGGUUAUGGCGAGGGAAACCGCGCAAGAGUGGUGUUAAUGAUGGAUUUUCAAGUGGUCCGCCAGCAUCGGACAUGAUGUUCACAACAGAUGACCAUGGUCGUUAUAUCUGGACGACUCGCAGGCGACAUUCAAAUGAAGAUCUCGCGACGGAUCGCUCUUUUCCAGCAUCGGAGCAUUCAAUGAAAACGCCUGAACAGAUAGGCGUUCCGGACGAGAAGGAUCAGAAUCUAAGUAAGAUGGUCUUCAAGGGUGUCAGCGACAAGGUCUCGGAUGCGCGAAUAGGUUUCGGCCGGUUCAAGGAUGCCGUGGGAUUACCAGGCCUUCGCUCGCAUCACCACCGGUUGACAAGGGAGGGAACUGACUUCGCUGGCGAUGCUGCCUAUCUUCCUCCGAUAGACAGCGAGACCGAAGCAUCCGAAGUGCAGAAGACAGCCGUCGACGGGAUUCAACUCGAGGACACAGCUCGUUACGAAGAAGAGCAAGCCGAAUCAUCACUUCCGCGAAAGUCGGUCGAACUCAAACCUCCAGAGAUCACCGUUGAACCAGUCGCGUCAACCCCGAGAUUAGACUCACCAGUGAAACCUCCGGAUGAUGAUGGACAGACCUUGAUGCCUUUUAGAACGCGAUCUAGUGAUGCCUCGGAUGAUAGAGGCCAGCAGAUACCCCGACAAGCGCUCAUGACCCUACGGCGGCCCCAAAGUUGUACCGAUCUUAGAACGGAGGACGAUUUCAGACAUAAGGACAACUAUUUCCCCCGACAUCUGUCAUUCAGCACUGUUGAGGAGGUUAUCCUCGGCUGGGAAAGCGUGGGAGGUAAGCAGUCCGUGAAAGACAAACCCAACGCCACCUUCGAAGAAGCGAUUUCUCAGGAAGACACACGUGCAUCUGAUGCACGGAUAUUCUGCUCCAGAGUCUUGGACCUAGAUCAAAACACCGUCCCUUGGGUCGAAAGACAAGUUGACUCUGUGGACGAACUGAACCGAAUACUUUACAACCGUCAUGAAGAUAUCAAUGCAGCUUAUUUGGAGCACCAUGGCUAUUUCCAGCAAACCCGGGACAAGUCUAGUGACGUCCUUACGGAUGAGCACAUGUAUCUUGCGGAUUACAUGAAGAGAGUGGAGCUCCAGGGUGCCAAACUCGACUAUGAGCUGAACGUCCUUGGGUCCAAGGUCGAGGAAGUGGAAUCCGGCGUUGAGGAAUUUGAACGGCAUAUCAUUGAGAUGGAGGCGCGAGUAAAGACACUAAUUCAAGGCGAGGAAGAGAAACAGAGCAAUUCAUGGUUCUCAUGGUUCGGUAGACUGACUGGGUUCGCAACGCAAUGA